UUACGCACACGGCCACACGCAGUCGGCAACUUAACCUCGGAACCUCCGAUUCUCUGAACACUGAAGGGACGAAGACAACGAACGAAACGGGCGAAGUGGCGAAGGGCGAAGGGCGACAGAACAGCCGCCGCACUAAAGCAGCGAACGGAACGCCAAACGCCUCUGGCUCCGACCAACCUGACUGCCUCCAACCUCCCUCUCUCGGCCUCUCGCUUUCUCGACCAGUCCUCCAGGCUUCAACGACCGACACUCCGGCAGACGGCAGUCCAGCAGCCAGCCUUCAUUCCUCCAGAAUGGAUAAUGAACAUGUUGCCAAGAAGGGAAAGAAGUUGAUUUCAUCAUUCUUUUCGAAAGUGAAUCGUCAAACUGGUGAAGGGAGUUCUGAAC